CCUUUGCGUUCGCACUUGUAAAGUGAUGACACUGCAGCGAUUGCAGAUGCAACCGGACCUCGUUUUGUUGUGUUUGGUGUUGUAAUAGCUUCGUAAAAUAACGUAAACACUCAACUUCCACAGCCGUUCAGCUCACCAGACGACUUUCAAGGAAUUGCAUCAGCUCUCGGAUAUACUUACAAUGCAGGGUUUCCCUCUUCUUGUGCAAUAAGGAGCGAUGGAUCUUUGCGAGGUUUCUCAUCAGCAGACGGUUUGUUGUGCCACCAUAAUGUUACGAACAUUAAUGCACCUAAUCAAUACAUACAGGUUACUGUCUAUAGCAUGUUGAGGUGCUUCUAGUCGUGUGUUUGUCGUACUGAAGUCUUGUUGUACUCGUGGAACCUGCUGCUUUGUGUAUGCGUGUACUGGGGAUUUCUGCACACAAGGAUCAACCCACAGAAAACUCCAGCGCUAUUAUUCCAGCUGGACCCCUGGAUCGAUAUUCAUUCCUCAACUGACGUUUUAAAAUCGUCUCAUCCUAAGGACAACUGUCAGCGGAGGACUCUCUUCAAGAAUCUGAAGAAAGAAAAGUCGACUUGAUAGAGGAAAAAACAACAUCCCAGAGCUACAUUUUGCCAUCUGGUACUAGUUUAUCAGUUAUCAAUUAAUCUGAACCUUGUAACCCAUUAAAACAAUAGGUUGGUAAGUAAACAACAAGGCAGAGAUAUCAAAAAGCCAGGUAAGACUUAGGACGAGAUGGCAUCGGCGGUGGAUAUGCCGUUGGACGCGGCGAACGCUGCGAUGCCCAGCGAAGACGAUGAGAUGGGGAUGAGUCAGGACGGAGAUAACUUCUUCGCUCAAGAUGUCACUGAGAUGACCAAUGGGGGAGUGAACAGCGGCAUCCCGGCAAAGAAGUUACUGGUUGCCCCUGAUGAUGACACCCUGGGGAUCCUUCUGAACCAGCUCCAGGCCAGACUGAUGGAGGGACAGGGGGAGACCAUCUGGGAAAUAGGAAAACCUGAAGAUGGCGAUGAUGUAGGUCUGACUGAAGAAGAGCUGAAGGCCUCGGAGGACACCCUACGUAAGCUAGCGGACUCCAUCGACGCGGUGGUCACGCCUCUACGUCAGCGCCAGCUGGGCUCCGGAUACAUGACUGAGUAUCUCAUCAGGAAGAGAGUAGAGGAGGAAGACUUCAUGGAAGUCAGAGUUGCAGUGGUGGGAAAUGUGGACGCUGGGAAGAGCACGUUGCUAGGUGUGCUCACGCACUGGGGAACUGGACAACAGGGCGCGGGGUGGCGCGACCAAGAACUAUUCCGCCACCAACACGAGAUCGAGUCCGGACGAACCAGCAGUGUCGGAAAUGACAUCCUGGGCUUCGACAGCGAUGGGAACGUGGUCAAUAAGCCGGACACACAUGGUGGAAGCCUUGAUUGGAUCAAGAUUUGCCAAGAGUCCAACAAAGUCAUCACCUUUAUCGAUCUCGCCGGCCACGAACGCUACCUGAAGACGACCAUAUUUGGAAUGACAGGGCAUGCUCCAGACUUCUGCAUGCUUAUGGUUGGCAGUAAUGCAGGUAUCAUCGGCAUGACCAAAGAGCACCUGGGUCUGGCGCUGGCCCUGAACGUCCCCGUCUUCGUGGUGGUGACAAAGAUAGACAUGUGCCCUCCCAACGUCCUCCUGGACACACUCAAGCUGCUGCAGAGAUUACUGAAGUCUCCGGGCUGCCGCAAGAUCCCCGUCCUGGUCUCCAACAAGGACGACGUCAUUACCUCAGCCACUAACUUCACCUCAGAAAGGGUGUGUCCCAUCUUCCAGGUGUCCAAUGUGACAGGUGAGAACCUGGACCUGCUGAAGAUGUUCCUGAACCUGCUGUCAGGGCGGAUGAGCUAUGAUGAACAUGAGCCCUCCGAGUUCCAGAUCGAUGACACUUACUCUGUACCAGGUGUGGGAACUGUGGUUUCGGGAACAUGCCUACGCGGAGUGAUCCGACUCAACGACACGGUACUGCUGGGACCGGAUCCGCUGGGCCAGUUCCAACCGGUCCCUGUCAAGAGCAUCCACAGGAAGAGGAUGCCUGUCAAGGAAGUACGAGGGGGACAGACUGCAUCGUUUGCCCUCAAAAAGAUCAAGCGCUCCUCUAUCAGGAAGGGUAUGGUGAUGGUGUCACCUGACCUGCACCCACAGGCAUGCUGGGAGUUUGAAGGAGAGAUCCUCGUGCUGCAUCACCCAACGACCAUCAGUCCACGUUACCAGGCUAUGGUUCAUGUUGGAAGUAUUCGCCAGACUGCAACCAUCAUCACCAUGAGUAGAGACUGCCUGCGUACCGGUGACAAGGCUCAAGUCCGCUUCAGAUUCAUCAAGAACCCGGAAUAUCUGCACGCCGACUGUCGGAUGGUCUUCCGCGAGGGCAGAACAAAGGCCGUUGGGACCGUCACAAAGAUCUAUCCGCAUGUCUCUGCUAUGGCCCAGACUUCCCGUCAGAAAGCAGGGAAGCAUCACCACGGACACCACUCUAAGCACAAGGCCCAGGGGGGAGCCGGAGGGGGUGGGGGUAGUGCUGGAGGGGGUAGCACUACUACUGCAGGGGGGACAGGAUCAGGGGCAGGGGGUGGAGCCAAGAAAGUGGUAAACCCUGUGGGUAGUACAGAGCCUGCUGCGUUAGAGAAGAGAAUAAAACAUGGUCCGACUACUGGCAACAAGCACUUAGGGACCCAUGGUGAGGUGUAAGUACAUGUAGUACACAGCACCCGUAUGUCAUAGUGUAGUGUGGUUAAGAUGGUAACAUUGGGGGAAGAAGGCAACUAGUGUUGUUUUACUGCAGAAACUCUUUUAUUUACCUGUCAACUUGGUUUGCUACUUCUCAAAACUCAUUGCUUUGAUUGAGACUCAGAACCAGCGUCAAAACUGCGAAAUGAUGCAAAUUUAACGUGAGAUCUCUCCGAAUGGGGUACCGGCCAUUUCUAAUGCAUGGCUGUAGGAGCUUGAAUGUUGGGUGAAUGCGCUACAAUGGCAGCUCUGUAAUUGUACCCUUCAAUGUAAAGCCUGCAUUGUACAAUGUACUAAUAAUUUCAUCCUUAGACUUGUUUCUGGUAUAGGGGAGGGGGUUCUUGUAAUAGUGUUGUAGUUCUUAGCAAAAGAAUAGCUUAGAAACUAGGAGAAAACCUAUCCAUGUUAGUAAAUGAUAUUUCUAGGCUCUAGAUGUGGUUAGACGUAGUAAUGAAAAUGUGUCCUAGCAGCUGAUUGAGGGAUUCAAACAACGGUCCUGAUUGGACCAGAUCAAGUGCAUGGCAGGAAUUUUUUAAGGAUCGCUUUCGUCCAGCUUAGUGAGUAUUAGGCAGCUUGUGUUUGCAUGUCCAUUCUAGAAUUUUAGGUCAUAUAGGACUCUGCAAAUGAAAUCUGCUACUGAAACAAGAGACAUGUGUUCCCUACAUAUGCUAGAUAGUAGUUUAUAAAAGGUUUGAGUCAUCAAAAGUGUCCAAAAUGAUGAAACAGUGUUAUAACAGUCAUAGCAAUGACAGUUAUGAAUUUUGAUCCCACACAUGAUCAUAAUUGAUUUGACAUUGUGUCAACAGUUAUCACAGUUUAGGCCACAGUACUUUUCUUUCACUGUCAUAUGAUCUUUCUUGUCAUAAAGAGAGGUUCAUUCUUCUAGUGUACGUACAGAAAUAACCUUCAAUAUGUGCUCCCUUUUGUUACAAUGAUCAUAAAAACAAGUUGAUAACAUUUACACAUAUUCAUUCAAUAUUCAACAAACCUGAGUAGAUUUUCAUACAUUGUACAGACUACAACACUGAACCAAUGACUAACGACAUGAGACAUGGAACUUUUAUAGUCAUCCAAAUUGGAAAUAAGCCAGCCCUGUGAAAGAACAGCAAUCGUUUGGCGUAUAUACAGAAUGUACUGUGAAGUAUGAACGCAUGCUUUGUAGGUUCUAGUCAACUGUAUUGUGACCAAGUGUUACUGUCUAUCAAAAGACACAUGAUGAAAAUACAGUAGUAAUAUCCAGAAUACAACUCUUGAAUAUACUUCCAUUGUACGAACUUUUUUUCUAUGGGUUUGCAUCAGCGUUUGUCACAACAAAAUGUACAUUUUAUAAUCCUUUUCAGGACUAAUUUCGUUGGCUCUUUCUUGGUAUUUUUCUGAUUGUUGUUUGAACAAUGUCUAGAUGGAUAGAAAAAUACCAGAAUUAGCACACCAUUUCAUUCAUUUUUUAAGGUUGCUUCUUGAUACUUGGAGUUGAUUUUUACUUUCCAGUUUGAUGAAGUGAAUUCGAUUUGGAUGUCCAAUUUACAUGCCGUGUAACAGUAUGACAUAUAUGCAAAUUAGGGUGUGACAGUUUGAAGAGGUAUGAGCCCAGUGUCAUCACAUUUACCUCCUUGAGUUGUCUGUUAUCUUGUGUACAUUAUAUGUACAUGUCAUUCUUGUACCAGUUGUGUUUUCAAAAAGUAAAAUUAGUUUUAAAUGUG